AUGCAAAAAGAAAAAAGGAAAGUGGAAGUUGCAAUCGAGACUGCCUUGUUACCUCAACUUCUUUGGAGAAGAGUUUCACACCUUGAACUUCUGAGGGCGACAAAUGGAUUUAACAAAAGCAACUUACUUGGAACUGGUGGUUUUGGCUCAGUAGUAUAUAAAGGUACAAUUUCAGAUGGGAUAGAUGUUGCUGUAAAGGUUUUCAAUUUACAGCUUGAAGGGGCUUUCAAGAGUUUUGAUAGUGAAUGUGAAGUGCUGAUCAACAUUCAUCACCGAAAUCUUAUAAAAAUCAUCGGUUGUUGCAGUCAGAUUGAUUUCAAAGCCCUGGUACUGCAAUACAUGCCUAAUGGGAGCCUUGACAAGUGGCUGUACUCUCAAAACUCUCAUUUGAACAUCCUACAGAGGUUGAAUAUACUGACAGAUGUUGCAUCAGCAUUGGACUACCUUCAUCAUGGUCAUGGUUAUCCAAAACAUGAUGUCCAUUGUGAUGUGAAGACAAGCAAUAUACUACUAGAUGAUGAUAUGGUUGCACAAGUUGCGGAUUUCGGCAUUGCAAGACUCUUAGAUGGAGGAGAUUCUAUCACCCAAACAGUGACCCUAGCCAAAAAGAAAUCCUGGUAUAGCCGUGCGGCUAUACUAUCAAAACUUGUUAAAAAAGUAUAG